GGUGUGACUUCCUCUGUAUCUUCUGAAGAGCUCAUCGGUUCAAGAUGGGAAACCACGCUGGAAAGCGAGACUUAAGUGCUGAGAAGGGCAAUAAGGACGGCGAAACGAACAGAGGAGAGUCUGAGAAAAAGAGAAACCUGCGAGACCUUUCCCAGGAGACCUCAGGAGACAAUGAUGUGUUUGGAGAGGCAGAUGUGGACCAGAACAAUGGGACCCCCUCUCAGGACACAGCGGUGACAGACUCCAAGCGCACAGCGGACCCAAAGAAUGCCUGGCAGGACGCCAACCCAGCUGACCCAGGGGGCCGCCCCCACUUGAUCCGCCUCUUUUCCCGAGAUGCCCCCGGGAGGGAGGACAACACCUUCAAAGACAGACCCUCGGAGUCAGACGAGCUCCAGACCAUCCAAGAGGACAGUGCAGCUGCUCCGGAGGGCCUGGAUGUGAUGGCGUCACAGAAGAGACCCUCCCAGAGGCACGGAUCAAAGUACCUGGCCUCAGCCAGCACCAUGGAUCACGCCAGGCAUGGCUUCCUCCCGAGGCACAGAGACACGGGCAUCCUCGACUCCCUGGGGCGCUUCUUUGGCGGUGACAGGGGUGUGCCCAAGCGGGGCUCAGGCAAGGUACCCUGGCUCAAGCAGAGCAGGAGCCCUCUGCCCUCUCAUGCCCACAGCCGGCCCGGGCUGUGCAACAUGUACAAGGAUGGACAUCACGCAGCAAGAACCACCCACUACGGCUCCCUGCCCCAGAAGUCUCGGGACGGCCGGCCCCAAGACGAGAACCCCGUAGUGCACUUCUUCAAGAACAUUGUGACACCUCGCACACCUCCUCCAUCGCAAGGAAAGGGGCGAGGACUGUCCCUCAGCAGAUUUAGCUGGGGAGCCGAGGGGCAGAAGCCGGGAUUUGGCUACGGAGGCAGAGCUUCUGACUACAAAUCGACUCACAAGGGACUCAAGGGGGUCCACGACGCCCAGGGCACACUUUCCAGAAUCUUCAAACUGGGAGGAAGAGAUAGUCGUUCUGGAUCGCCCAUGGCUAGACGCUGAAGCCCUGCCUUCUUGUUACAGAAUCCCAUCCUCCGCUUCUUAAUAUAACCUUUAAGAAUUUAAUACCGUUCGCAUAGAUUACCUAGUUGUAGCAAAUGACCUCUCGCCUAAUGCCUCUUGAGUUGUGCACACAGUAGGGUCAGGCACACUGCAUCCUACUGGCAAUUUCUGGCCAAGGGCUAAAUGGAGACAACGCAAAUAGAAAAUGGGUAAACCGUUCCUUUAUGUUUGAAGACCAAGUGUCCUCAGAGUCUCAUUCCACUGCAUCGUGCCCGGACACCGAGGAGCUUGUGCGUCCAGGGGCACGGCCAGCCCUCCAAGUUCAUUCACCCCUCCAUCUUUGGACUUGCUUUGCGCUGCUGACCUGGCAUCCCCUGGCUUUUUGGGCACUGCCGUGGAGACACACUGCCGUGGAGACGGGACAUGUGCAGGGUGGUGAGGGCUGUGUUGAUCCGUGCUUCCUUUGGUUUCUUUUCCCGCCCUUCUCUCACCUCCUCAAGUUCGCUUUAUUUUCCUAACAGGAUUGGGCAGUCAGGAGUGGCUUCACACCCGUGGGAGCGUUUGGUACGUGAAAGGCGGGCGGGCAGCUGUGAGGAGUCCAUGUGGUGGGUGCAGAGAGGGGCGCCUCCAGGCAGGUGCCUACCACACCCAGAUUAGCUGAAUUUGUGCGUGGCAGAGAGGGGACAAGGGGGCAAGGCAGGCUGAGCGACGGCCUCCAAUGGGAAACAGGAUCUUCUUGGAAAUUAGGUGAUGACACUGUGGAACCAGAGCGGCCUCUACAAACAACCUGUUUCCUAAGCAGAGCCCCAGUGAGAGUUCAGGGAGACGCACAUCUCAGAGCAGGAUUAGAGAGUUUUCUGGGCAGCCCAGUAGUGUCCCACUGGUCACUGUGGAAAGGGAAAGUGACCGGUGGUAGGCUCAUCACGGCAGUGCACAUCAGCAAAUACUAACCCUCAGUGGAAAGAUAACCGUCCCUUGCUUGCCUCCCAGAGGCGAACAUGCUUAGUGACUAGGCUUAGG